CUUAAAAAAAAACAUCAGCUCCUCGCUCAGACUCAGACAACUCCAGCUGCAGAGGUAACAGCCUGCAUUUUGUCCCGUGUCAGUAUUAAAUGAAACAGAUUUGUAACCUCAAUUUUAUGAAGGAUUACUUACUGGAUUCAACACAUCGCUCCCUUUGCUGGGGUUUUAUUGUUUUUUUUACGCCUGACAAAAACAGUGUUGACCUUUUUUUCGUGGUUGGACUUAAUUGCCCCAGGGUAAGUGCCCAGUUCCCAAUUGGUGCUUUUGGUCCUCUGCAUGGCUGCCAAUCUAACUUUAUUCAUAGGAGGUAACUCGUGACCUGCCAGUAUAGUGUCCUGAUAUGUUGGUGAUAUGGGAGAUUGGUGGACAAGGGUGCCAAAUGAAACAACUAUUGGGAAUUAUGAGACUUCCCAUGUGACGAUGUCCCCUUCCAAGCUGAACAACAUUAUGUCUUUCUACUCCCCUUUGGGGCUGUCCACAACAUCCUACAAUGUUAUCAAUGCCUUUUGCACUGAAGACAACAUCCCCCAGUGUAUUUCUUAUGUUAACCAGGAGCUGGACUCUCUGGGCUUGGCUUCAUGUAUAGAGGUCAGUGCAGCAGGGAAGACAGACCUGAGCUCUGUCCCAGCUCUGAAUGCCUUUUAUGAGCUGCUGCAGAUCCACAGACGGGACAUGACCAUGGUGGAGGAGCUCGAGAGGGACCAGCUCAAGAAAUCCAGCACUUUAGAGCAUGUGCAGAUGAGCAACUCCAGACUCAAAGACCAGUUGGAGUUGUCCAUGAGGGAAAAGUGUGGUAUGCACGAAACUGAGCGUCAGCUACAACUCAAGAUUAAAACUUUACAGAGCUGCCUAAAAACUGAAAAGGAAGAGGUUCAGAAGCUUCAAAAUAUAAUCACUAGUCGUGCCACACAGUACAACCAUGACACUAAGCGGAAAGAAAGAGAAACAGCUAAACUUAAAGAACGCCUAAGCCAGCUCUUAGUCGACAGAAAGGACAAAAAACUCUCUAUUGAUGUCUUGAAUUGUUUGGGCCGCGCUGAUGGAAAAAGGAGCCAUUGGAAAACUGCAAAAGCUACUGUCAGCCAUGAGGGGGACAUGUACAAGUCUUUGCUGAGUGACUAUGAGGCGAGCCAGAGGUCAUUGAUGGUGGAGAACGCAGAACUGAAGAAAGUGCUGCAGCAGAUGAAGAAGGAGAUGAUCCACAUUUUAAGUCCACGACCAACGUCAAAAGGAGCCAACGCUGAUGACGGCCAGGAUCAGGGUGACUCAGACACAGAAGAGAGGGCAGGAGACUCUGGCAGAGAAUCACUGGAUAAGUCAUGUGAACUGGCCCGAGAGCAGCUCACCAACAGCAUUCGGCAGCAGUGGAGGAAAGUGCGCAGCCACAUGGAGAGAUUAGACAGCCAAGCUUCUCAAAACCAAGAGGAUGUAAUCCCAAGACAGACGCAUGAUGAUGAGAUGGAGAAGAUGAGGCAAGAAGUGCUGCAAUGUAAAGAGUUUAUCCAGACACAACAGCAGCUCCUGCAGCAACAACUACACACCUCCUUUGAUGACGACACUGCUGCAUUGCUGAACGACUGCUACACUCUGGAGGAGAAGGAACGUCUUAAAGAGGAGUGGAAACUUUUCGAAGAACAGAAAAGAAACUUUGAACAAGAGCGAAAGAACUUCACUGAAGCUGCUAUUCGUCUGGAGAGAGAUAAAAGAGCGUUUGAGGAGGAUCGUGCUUCUUGGCUCAAAAAUCAGUUUUUGACCAUGACACCUUUUGCUGACCGCCGGAGAGGAUCUUCGUCAGAUGGUGGUCAAAGUUCACUAUCCAUAAGAAGUGAACCAGAACUACGAAUGUCUUCCUCUUCAUUUCAUCUACCCAAAAUCUCGACGUACUCGACCAACUUCUCCACUCCAAAACCUGAGCCUCGCUCAGCUGUGCCAACCACAACGGAGCUCUAUCGAACACUCCGACUCAUACCAGAUACAAGCUCAAGACAGCUGAAUCGGGGACGCUGGCAAGAAUCAAGUACAAUUGAGGAUGGGGACAAUCGGACCAAGACAAAAAUCCGCUCCCGAUGUGGAGAAAUAAGCAUAUUCAGUUUGGGAGAAGAGGAGAACAUGACAGAACUGACAUGACAAAUCACUGGUGCCUUUUUGUACAGCAGAAAACAAUGAACAUCAAUCAAAACAUAUUUUUACCAAAUGCAAAACCAAGACCACUUUAGACUAUAAAUGCACUUUAUUGUCUAAACUCUAAUCACAAAAUCAAGCACUUUAUUACUUUUAUCAUUAUCUUUUUACAGUUUAAGAACAAGAAUGUAAAAUCAAAUUGUACAUAGAAUUGUAAUUGGCGUAACUGAUAGAAUUUUAUUUAAAUGAUAAGGGUUUAGUUUACAUUUCUUUGUUUACCUAUUGAAGACUAUAUGGUAUGUUUUGUAACAUAGAGGUGUCUAAUAAAAUAAAGCUGAUUUUUAAUUUCA